GCACCCGCCGCGCAGCCGCAGCCCCCGCGCGCGGUGGUGAAGAAGGUCGAGGUGAAGGCUGUGCCGAAGCCGAGGCCGCAGCCGGCCAAGCCAGCGGCAGUGGCGGCCAACAAGCAGGCAGCGCCGGCGCAGGGGCUGCCUGCGAGCAGCCGAUGGGUCAGGGGAGCGCCGGUGGCGUUCGACGGCGCUGGCCGCGAGAUGUGCGGCGACUUCCAGAGGGGCGACUGCCAGCGGGGAGCCCGUUGCAGGUUCUCCCAUGGGGGCGCGAGCUCCGCGUGGGGGGGAGCGGCCGCGCCAGCAGACGAGGCCGCUGAGCCGGCAGAGGCGGCGUGGACGCCGCGGGCAGCUCGCUUAUUCAACAUCCCGCCCAGCCAGCCAUCACAAGGUGCGCCCGCCGAGGCGCCGGCGUCGGGCGCCCCGGCGCCGCUGUCGCAGGCCCCCCUGCGGGGCCACAGCCUGCCGCCGCCGCCCGCAGAUGCCGCCG